UCACCACAGGUGCUCACUUUUGUCACUGUCUAACAAGAGACAAGUCUCUGUCUGGUCUAACAAUUCAUUGUAAACAUAGUCGUGUUUGUUAUUUUAAUCUGAGAUAUUUUCGAAUUAGUUUCUAAAAAAUGAAGGGCAAACAAAAUAGAACCAAGAACAAUGCCAGGCCAGCAAGCAGUGGGCGAAGUGCCGCAAUGCUUCAUUCCACCUUGCCGCACUUUGCAGGUAUCGCCGCCACCAAAUCAACCGUACUUCCAUCUUUCGCGUUCAAUCCCAGUGAAGAUGUGGAUGCAUCGAUCGAUAGCAAUUUCCAGCUGGUCCUGAAAAAAGUUUCAAAGAAAGACUUCACCACUAAGUUAAAGGGAUUGCAGGAAUUUGCCGAUUUGCUACAAAACGCCGAGCCAUCGGUCGUCAAGAGUCUGUUACCUUCCUGGCCUCGGUUUUACAGUGUUUUGGCGACGCAUCCUGAUAAUAAAAUCCGGGAAGCCACUCAACACGUGCAUCGCACUAUUGUGCUGAAGGCAAAGCGAGAUAUUGCGCCCUAUUUGAAGCAACUUAUGGCCACUUGGUAUAUUUCCCAGUACGACAAUUAUCCGGCUGCUGCCCGAGCUGCGGCUCAAGCUUUCAAGGAGACAUUUUCCCCAGUUAAAUUCAAGGAAGCUGUAAUGGUUUACCAUCAGGAAAUCUUCCAUUCCAUCCGUGACAAUUUGCUGGUUCAAACAGCCGAGACUGUUUCGCCCAAUCAAUACACCGCAAAUGAAGCUGCUACUAGAUAUGAACGGAUUGUAACAUCCUGCCUUCAGGGGUACGCCAAGUAUUUGCAGGAAUUUCCUGUUGAGAAAACCGGCGAAUCUUCUUCGCUAAGCUCUGAAAUAGUGUCGCAUAAGAAGUUCUGGAAAUUGGCCCAAAGCAAGGACCGCCUGAUAAAAGCCUCCUGGUUUCAAGUGCUGUCGGUUUUACUGCAAAGAGCCGUGCAUUUAUUGGCUGGAAAAGAGGCGCAAACGAUGGCAACUAUUUUAAACAGCUUAGGCGAAGAGGACCCAAUGGUAUUGCCACGCGUUUGGGAGUGUCUCCUUCUGGUGAUGGCAACUCCGGAUUGGUGGAAAUUCGUCAACAUUGACCAACAGUUAACUCCCAAAAUACUCGCUGUAUUGAAACAAGGAGGAGGAGGCAAUGCCGGCCUUAUCUAUCCGAACUUUUUGCCUCUGCUUUCGAAUUGGCCUCCAAUGGAGGAGAACAAGUGGAAACAAUUCUUGGCCAAUUUUCUCGACAGCAUGAUUUCAGGCUUAAAGCUCAGAACGACAGUCACCAAAAGCCAAGAAACAACCGAGAUCGCUGUUUGCUACACGGAAUGCCUCCAGUUCUUAAUAACUAGGAACCUCACAAACAUGCCUCUAUGCAAGUUCCUUAUAAAGCACUUGAGCACUGUAUUAGAGUGGUGUUUGUUGACUGAGGCGGUUCAGUAUAAGUUAAUUUUUGCCAAAGUGUCGACUUUAAUGCAGAAUUUAGACAAGAACAAGGAUGCAGAUGUAAUGCAAGGUUUGCUGGAAUAUUUCUUUAUCGGCCUCUUCGAUUUGUUCAGCAGACUGUUGAAUAGUCCGCAUGCUGUCACUGUGGUAACUAAGCAAGCUGAGCUGGCGUUGUGUCUGAAGGACAAUGGGCACGAAAAAGCCGAAGCAAACAGCAAGUUUUACACGCAAGCUCUUCAACAGUUUGUGCUGAAUAUUCUUGAUCUCUACAUCCAGUACAUAGAGAAAACGUCUUUAAGUGAACUGUUCGCGUCCUUGUGCCUUCUAAUAGAAAACUUUGGCAAGGAGCCGAUUUUUCAGUUUGCUCUAAUGCUUCUGAAGCAAGACGCUUCCGCGUCUGUUCAUAUCAACAUUUACAACCAGUGGUUUAAAAAAUGGUUACAGUCAGAGGAAAUGUGCUGUCCUAGUUUGCUGGAUUUGGUGUUUCUGAUGUUUGAAUACGUGACUGAUCUGGAGAAAGAGAUAAUUUUAAACUACUUAUUAGAGGUCGAACAUUCAAACUGCGAUUCCUGGACUAUAGCGCGAGCCUUGCAAGGGCAUUACCUAAACGACCCAGUAGUCAGGAAGUGGCUAAAAGAGGAUAAAGUUAGCGCAUUCUUCCAGUCGACGGUUCAUGAGUACAUUUCCGCUGGAGGUAACUCGGAGAAAGUGGGCACUUUCAAACAGGCUCUUGCUGCGAGUGCCCAAGGAGCUCUCCUCAUAAGCCCGCACGCUUUGGACGCAAUCCAGACCGAAAUAUCCCAAGCUCUAACAGCAGGCGAAGAUACCAAAUCGCUGAAUGCGGCCUGUGAGCUUGCUUGCUGUCUAUGUGAAAUAAUCUGCACACAAAAGUAUUACCCAAGAUAUGGACAUCAGCUGCUCUUAAACCUGUUCAAAGUGUCCUUUAAUUGCGACGACGACCAUCCGAUAGAUAAAAAUGCCCUUUCCACAAUUAAUUCCACCUGGGUAAAGUCCUUGGGCGAUUUAUUGGAUGGGUUGAAUCGAGAAAGGUGUGAAAAGAUUCUGGAGAAAUUCCUCGACAGCCUUGAGGAAUAUUUCAGCUCAAUAAUAGCCAGCAAACUUCGCGGGCAUUUCCAGCCUUUGAACGAUCGCAUCCAGAUGGUGUGGGACACGAUUUCCCAAAGCAACAUUGGCCUGACCGAGUGGCUGUUAGAGUUUUUGAUAGAGAAAACUGCACGUACUCAAAGCAAAGUUAUAACUCUUUGCAAGGUUGCCUGUUUUAUAAAGGGCACUAUAAACAGUCCGAAUGAGAACAUAGUCGAUCAAGAAUCAAUAUCCGAAGAGGAAAUACUGAGCUAUUUUGUCAAUAAUUUUAUGGCGAUGGCAGUUGUGCCAAACAUGCAGGUUGAAUCAAACGAAGUCCUAAACGCAAUUUAUUCUCUGUCUGUUUGCGAAACGUUUUUGGAACACUUUAACAAUAUUAAGCAUUACCAAGAAAUUUUGCACUACCACAACUCCAGUUGGCAGAUGAAUCUAGAUUUGAUAAGGCAAAUACAUGAUUUAGUGAAAGUCAGGCGUUGGGACUGUGGACUGCCUGGGAUCAGAGUUGGAAAGUUGAAUGAUCGCAGUUCGGAGGCAAGCGUUUGUUCUGUGCAGACUAUGACAACUGAUGAGUUCGAAGUGAUAUUUCAAGAGGCUGAAUUCUUCCGCAAGCAGAUGACUGUUUACGAAAACUGCCCAUUGUCAUGGGAGGAAGUGCACAAGUUAAUCAAAUCGGUCAAAUCAUGCAGGAAAUUAGUUGAAAAUCCUGAACUGCCCCAAAAGCACUGGGACCUAGCGGUCAUGGCGCUGGUUUUAUCCACAGAGCUCAGCAAUAAAUCCAAAAGCUCAUUUAAAACAGUGCAGUACCAAGCACUGCUCGUUGCAGUAAGUGACCUCUACAUAGCCAUUUGUAAAAAAGUAGCAAAACUGAAGGAAACCCAGGACAAUGCUAGUUACGCACAAGAGUGGACAGAUUUGCUUUUUGUUGGUUUUCACAAUGAUUUGCUUCAACUUUGGAUCAGUUUAGCCGGUAAUUUCAGCAAAUGUGCUGAAGACUCAUUGGUUAAUUUGCCAUUUUUGCAAUGUUUCGGAGAAGUGACGAAUUGGUUCAGCCACGAGUUGAUAAUGCAACAGGAAAACGUAUCAUAUUCAAAGUUGCUGAAGAUGUGCUGCGAAACGUUGAUUACCAACUCCCAAAUUAUUCUGCAGCUGUGGGGCCAUAAAAUGCUGAUGAUUUUAGUGCCGGGCUUGCUAAAAAUCGAUCAAGAAUCCGCUAGUGCCAGCACCGAAAGUGAAACUGUGCUAAUAUUCGAACACUUCAAAGAUAAACUAACUGAAACGCAGGAUAUUGUGAACAGUAUGCUGAUGGAUUUUAGCGUACCGGAAAACAGCUGCAAAUUGGAACCCACGUUCGAUUCCUACACGUAUACCUUCGGGUAUAUGAUGCUGUGGGAUGUUAUUGUAGCGCUGUGCGAUCAAGCAUCGCCGGAACUGCGACUUCAAUAUUGUGAUUGGCUCAGGAAAGAAUUAUUUCUUCAUUUGUUCCUAACAAAUAUCUUCAAGCUCAUGUCCACGCAAGAUCUCCAGCAAGGCGAUGCCAAAGCUGCACUUGGCCAAACCUUCGUAACUCAUCCUUUGGCUGCUCCAUGGCACUUUACCUUUUUCGGCUCCGAAACCAUAGAAAACUUCUCUCGCUACCUGUACAAAUGCUUCCUUGAACAGUUCCCCGCUUUGGUUCGGCAGUGGUGGACUGGCUUGGAUAAUAAGUUUUCACAAAUAGUGGAAAAAAUCACCGUCACGCACGUGUCGCCUCAUAUCUGUAACGGCGCAUUGAACGACGUGCUCAAAUACCAGGACUUGUUCAAAAAUCUCAAGGUGAAAGUGAUGCCAAUUGUGCGAGAAAUCCAGGCAGUUUAUAUGGUGGACGAGGCGCAGAUGGAGCUGACCAUAACUCUGCCAGCGAAUUAUCCUUUGGGAAGUCCGGAUAUUGGAUGUAAUCGGCAAAUUAGUGGCACCAUUCAAAAGCAGCUGUUGCAGUUUAAAAAGUGCAUUUUGCUUCAGAAUGGAAAAAUAUGGGAUGGACUGGUGCUCUGGCAUGCCAAUUUGGACAAGAAAUUCGAGGGAAUUGAAGAGUGUUACAUUUGCUACUCCGUCCUGCACGUGGGAACUUACCAAUUCCCCAAACUGUCCUGUCGGAUGUGCAAGAAAAAAUUCCAUUCAGCAUGUUUGUAUAAGUGGUUUAACACCAGCCGAAAGAGCACGUGUCCGAUAUGCCGUAAUUUGUUUUGAAUUGAUUUGUUGUACUUAUUUAUAUAAAUUUAAUAAUACGUUAGUUGAAUGUUUUAAUGUAGUAAAUAGCUGCCGACUUCCAACAUUGUCUAAAUGGCUUAUUUAGCGAAUUAAGGACAAAAAUAAUUGAAAUUGCUUCCUGAUGUUCGUGCAAAUUGUGUGAUAAUGUUCACCGCAGAUGCGAGCGAAACGUCAGGAAGCACAGCUUAAUAUUAAUUGCGAGUUUGCACAUUAAUGGAUUUAGUGGCGCUCCAGUAGAUACACUUUGCACACAAGAACCAUUUAACUGAGAACUGAGUAGGCUGAAAAAGAAAAGCCUAAAAAAGGCUUUAAAAAAAUGGUCUCCGGCACUGACAAUAAAACUUCUGGAUCGAGAACAAGCAUAUGAAAACCUUUUCAAAUUACACUUGCAACCUAUUCCACCAUGAAAUCAAUAUCAAAAUCCGUGCCAACAUUGCAAUUUUGUUCCAUAUAUGCGUAAAUAAUUUUAAAACAUUUGUAAUUCAUAUUUUUUAAAUAAAUAACCUUAUUUAGGUAUACAACAAAUAAUAUUUUAUACUUAAAGUAUAAAUGAUUUUAAGGACACUAAAAAAAAAACAGUCUCUGCAACUAGCAACUGGCUACACAUUUUUGUAAACCCAUGUGCUCUAAAAGUUCUAAAAACAUUCUAUACAACAAUUAAAAUAGGAACAAAAAACUAUUGUUUUACACAGAACUAAUAGCGUAUGGAGCUCUUAAUUCUUUGUGAACAAGCUAUAUUUGAUUUUAAUUUUUGAUCUGAAAAAAAACUAUUUGAGUGAAAAUAGGUACAAAAAUGUUACUUCUCUACUCUUCGCAAAAAUUUUCAGAAUUUAUUGAUAUUGUGGUCUGUUGCAUUCCAUAGACCGUUUCGAAUUAGACGUACUUGUUUUGCAAGAUGAUUUUUUUGCAUAAAUUGCAUUUUGCAAAAUUAUCAUCUAAUGCAGAAAACAAAUUCCGCAAAAAACUAAUUUUCCGUCUUUAGCACAAUACAUAAUAACAAUUUCAAUUAGGAAAAAUGAACGAAACAGAAAUACUAAGCGUACUUCCACAAAAGUAUUUAAAAAAUACACAAUCAGAAAACGGCUAAUGAAUGGUGCAUACUGAAAUACGAUUCUCAAAAAUAUCGAUAAAAUUCAGGCUCACUUCGUUCAGGGAACCUGUGAAUGCAAGUUUUCAUUACCGAACAAAAUAAUUUUAUUUGGGUUCAAUAGUAGCGCUAGUAGUGAAAAUAUAAGUCGCUUUUUAAUAUCACGUUUUAGAUCACAGUUUAUUUUUACGUUCGUGAUUACUAUUUAUUAAUCGCUGUGAAAAAAUCACAGGCAGUGAUUUGUUGUUCAACCCUAAAAUCCAUGCAUGUGUAAACUCACCAGGCCAAAAGGCUGGUGAAAGCAUGGUCAGACCUUCUUGAAUAAUAUUAAAAUUCGAAGUUUGGAUGAAAAGCGCC